UUUGAGCCCACCAAAACUACUUAUCGACAUCUCCUGUCGGCUGUCAGAACCCAAAGCCACACCACACGCCUCUACUCUCGACUCCUCACACAGUCACGCAAAUCAUACCCAUUUUCCACCACGAGACCCCUCCUUAACACCCUUUAGCGCAUUCAGUGCCCCCGUCCAUGGCUUCCUCCCAUGUGAACUACUCUCCAUGAUCAUCACUGCGAACCCACAUGUUCAGUUACAGAGCCAGCUCUAGCUCUCUCAAGCCCUUUGUGUUUCUGGAAGUUGUUGAGUUUGUAAAGAAGAAAUUGAUGAAAAUGGAAGUUGCUUAUGGUACACCACCUAGAAAUAGAUUGGAUCAUUUGAAAAAAGACGGAUCCGAAAAGACCCAUUUGCGAAAAUUGGAGUUGGAUUCCUCUGAUAACGUCACUGUGCCUAAUUCCCAGUUCCGUUCAAUGAAUGCCUUGGAGAUCUUAAGAGAAUCAGUUAAGAUUCUCCGCUACAAUCUGUCGGGGUUUAUGAUGAUUACUGCAUUGCUCAUCUGCCCCGUAGCUGCCGUUUUUCUACCCAACGUGUUAGCAAAUCAUUCGAUUGUGAGGAGACUGAUUAUUGAGCUUUUGUUGGUGGCCAAGUCCAGUGGACUGCCUCUCACGCCUCUUGUGAAACAGUCAUGCCAGCGUUUCGCAGAGAUGGUUGUUUCAUCAGCAAUGUGCUUCCCCUUGUACAUCACGAUGUCUUUGUUAUCAAAAGCUGCAGUGGUUUAUUCGGUAGAUUGUAGUUAUUCCAGGAAGAAGUUCUCUGUGUCUAAAUUUUACGUGAUCAUUGCCAAGAUUUGGAGGCGUCUAGUUUCGACCUAUUUGUGGGUCUGCAUUUUGGUUGUUGGCUGUGUCACAUUGUUUUGUGUUCUACUUGUUGCCGUGUGCAAUGCAUUUGCUGUAAUUGGGUUGUCUCCGGGUAUGAUUGUCUACGCUGCAGUAAUGGCAGGGCUUGUUUUCUCGGUCAUCUUUGCCAAUGCAAUCAUUAUUUGCAACAUUGCUAUUGUGAUUUCAGUGUUGGAGGAUGUUUCAGGACAUCAUGCAAUGCUGCGGUCCAGUGUGUUGAUUAAGGGUCAGACUCAAGUGGGUCUUUUGAUAUUUCUCGGAUCCACUAUUGGGAUGGCUUUUAUUGAGGGGUUGUUUGAGCAUAGAGUGAAGACACUUAGCUAUGGAGAUGGGUCUUCAAGGAUUUGGGAAGGGCCUCUUUUGGUGGUAAUGUAUUCAUUUGUGUUGCUAAUUGAUUCUAUAAUGAGUGCGGUUUUCUACUUCAGUUGUAUAUCUUCCAAUGUAGAAGCUGACAUAACAGAAACAAUGGCUACUUCUGCUGAAAGGGUGGGCAUUUAAUGAUAUUACCUUGUAAAUAUAUGAUAUAUCAGUAAGAGUUUUAGUUUGAAUGUCAUGAAAAUUGGAGCACAUAGAGAUAAUUAUGAUAUUGAUGCCAUGCAUUUAAGCACCGUUAAUGAGGAUCAGUGUAAUGGCAUGAGAGUGUAUCUUCACAAGCAAAUUUGUAGCAGGUGGUAGCCACAAAUGCCUCCUGAUUCUUGGAUGGAUAUUUGACUUUUGAGUACA